GGCUCAGAGCACCCCAAAUUUUAUGUGACACCAACAUCUACUCGAAUAAACUCCACCAAGGAUUACCUUCUGAAGGCAUUCUUGUCUUGGCGGCGGGGCGUCGUCAUCUGGCGGGGAACUUUAUCAUUUUCAAUAACUCCUAUAUUGACAUCUACAUCGCUCAUCUGCUCAUCUCUUCAUCCCUCUUCUUAUCCAGUACAUUCUCAUCUCACCUCACCUCGUCCUUUUCAUCUAUAUUCAUUAUGCCUCCUCCCUCGACACUCAUCGUAAGCUCUACCCCGCCCGGCGUGCCCUAUCACUAGAGCUAACGCCUCCGGAAAUUAGACGAAGCUUAAGGUAGCUCUCAAGCUCUCCGUAUCUCGCCUACGAAUGACCCAGCAGCGGGAAACCGCCCUGGCGAAGGUGAACCGUCGACAGAUGGCCCAGCUCCUGGAACAAGGUAAAGAAGAGUCUGCCCGGAUUCGGGUGGAGAAUAUCAUCCGACAGGACAUCUCGGUGGAGCUCAUGGAAAUAUUGGAGCUGUAUUGUGAGCUCCUGCUUGCUAGGGUGGGGCUGAUGGAACCGAAGUAUAUCCCCUCACGCUUUGUCUGCUCUCUAGGAUCUCGUUGACGAUGUUAGGGAAUGUGACCCAGGACUAGAGGAAGCUGUGAAAAGCAUCAUCUACGCUGCCCCCAGAAGUGAAAUCAAAGAGCUUCAACAAGUCCGCCAGUUCCUCGUCGAGAAGUACGGUAAAGAGUUUGCCCUUGCCGCUAUUGAGAAUAGUGACGGGAAAGUUGCAGAGAGGGUACCUUUCUUUGCGCCUCCAUUUGAGGUCGAAAUAGCUAAUUUUUUUUAUAGGUCCUAAAGAAACUUCGUGUCGAACCCCCCUCAGAGACUCUCGUAACCCUCUAUCUUAAGGAAAUUGCUCGGACCUACGGUAUCCCCUGGGGGCAAACGCCCCCGAGUACACCUCCACCAGAGGGGGACGACGACGAUGACCCUUCCACCGCUAUAGUUGUCCCCGCCAAUGAAAACCCUCCUCUUCUCGCGGACCCUAAGGCGGCGGAACUCUCAAAGGCUACACCGCCUCGCGAGAUGCGAUCUCCGAUCAAUGUCGCCCCCCCAUCCCCAUCUACGGAGAAUGUUCAUCCUGUUGUCAGACUACCUGACCCACCAGCCAUGCGCCCCCUCGCCAAGAAGGUUACGGAGAAUAGGAAGCCGGCGGCCGCAACUGGUGGGACUAGGAGUGCCUUGGAUGAUGACGACCUAGCGAAGAGGUUCGCUGCAUUGAAAAGGUUAUAGUGCUCUGGGUGGGUUCGGAUUGGUGUUUCCGGUUUUCUCUUUCUGAACGGUGCUUCCGGUACCAAUUGUAUGACCAAUGCGAUCCCCAUUCUAAGAAGUUCACUUAGUGUCACUCGCCGUAUCGCGUACCGGGAUAUAGAGUCAAGAAGCUGUCAUUCAAUAUUAUAAAGAGGGGCAAAUUAAGACGGGUCAUGCCAUAUGGAUAUGAUUAUUUCCCAUAUAGUAGUUAGAGCGGAUAUCCAACCAUGUACCUGUGUGAUUACGGCACCCAUCCGGAAUGUGGGUUGCCAGAAUUAACUGGACACAUGGCUCAACAACAGAUACGUGCA